GUCCAUCUCACCUAAUUGAACGAGAAUACUGCAUCGAGGCGCGGGCGCUUAAAUGAAGGGAGAGAGAGAGAGAGAGAGAGAGAGAUGGUGGAGAGUGUGAAGCGGUAGAGUGUUUCACAAAUGCCAUAAUUUAACAUCUGUCGACAACUGAUUGAUACGAGCGAGAUAAGACGGCAAAACUAACUAAAGUGCGGCACGAAGAACGGCGAACUUUGAUUUACAAUCAUGAUUUCGCAGAACUGAACGAAUGCUUCAAGAAAGAAGAAAGCGGGGACGCGAAAAAGCCGCGUGCAUGGAUCUCACAUACAUCCAUCAUCCCACGCGCGCUGUUCUCCAGGCAAAAUUCAACAUGAUUCGCGUAAUGAAACUGUUCGCGGCGAGGUUUUAAUGGAGGUGGAAGGUGAAUCUCCCGACAGCGAGCUUGAGUUUUAGUCGCCGUUAGUUCCAGAUGUACAACAUUGCUCCUCAUCGCAGAGUUCUCAUGGCUCCAGUUGGAGACACCAGAGCUUGGAGAGACAUGUGCCGUCUUUAGCAGCAAUAAUCGCGGCAGGAAACCAGUCUGGAGGGUUGAAAAUAGCAAUAAAUCCGCACUGAACACAAGUGACCCGUCGCGCUAUGAGAAACUUCAGGGAAAGAGCUUCACCGGCGACCGCGCGGAUGCUACGACGCUUCGUGAUGUUUUAAAGUGGAGCCUUUCUGAUAUACAGGAACUUUUUGGAUUAAUCAUCGACAUAAUCGCGGAGAUGACAAGAAGACAGGACGACAUUGCGCCAUCACCUGUUAUCUGAACACUGUGAUUAGUUCUCACAAAAGCACUGAAUCUUUUUUUGCCUUUGGACCUGCUUUCAAUACAUUCCGGUGUUAGACAUGGAGACUAGUCAGUUACGGACAGUAGACUGGUUGAUUUCUUAAUGUGCAAGAAUACAUAGCCAUAUCGUUUUUAUUCCUCUUUUAACACAUUGCGUUCGGUACACCUAUUCAUUUUGCACUAUGAUGGAACCGCCACCUUGCUCUAAAAAGAGCCUGUCUCUUUCGCUGCCGGUUCCCCGGGAGGGACAGGCGACCCUCAAGCCUCCCCAGCAUCUGUGGAGACAGCCACGGACCCCCAUCAAAAUCAAACAUCGCGGUUACUCUGACACCGACCGACAUCACCACCGACAGAUAGAGCGCUCGAAUGCCAUGGACACGAGUGACCGGCCGGGGCUCAAGAAGUCCCGCAUGUCCUGGCCAUCGUCGUUCCACGGAACCACCAGCGCGUCCAUAAGCAACUGCGCUGGAAGUAAGCGCUAUGAUGGGGAGAAUGGGCCCUCUCCUGGCCGCAGCCCUAUGGAUUCGCAGGCGAGUCCGGGGCUGGUGCUCCAUCCCCCCUUCCCUCAGAGUCAGAGAAGGGAAUCUUUUCUCUACCGCUCUGACUCUGACUACGACAUGUCCCCCAAGACCAUGUCACGAAACUCCUCCAUCAACAGCGAGGGUCAUGCUGAAGAUCUCAUAGUCACCCCUUUUGCUCAGGUGUUGGCUAGUCUACGAACUGUCAGAAGCAACUUCACCAUUCUCGCCAACGUCACGACUCCCACUAACAAGAGGUCACCAGUGACCAGCCAACCCACGGUUCCCCCAGCAACGCUCUCAGAUGAGACAUACCAGCAGCUGGCCCGGGAAACUCUGGAGGAACUUGACUGGUGUUUGGACCAGCUGGAGACCAUACAGACCCACCGCUCUGUUAGCGAGAUGGCCUCCAACAAGUUCAAGAGGAUGUUAAACAGGGAACUGUCUCAUCUGUCUGAGAUGAGCCGCUCGGGGAAUCAGGUGUCUGAAUACAUCUCUACUACCUUCCUAGACAAGCAGAAUGAGGUGGAGAUUCCCUCUCCUACGCUCCGGGAGCGAGAGAAACCAAUGUCUCACAUCAGCGGUGUCAAGAAGCUUACACAUAGCUCGAGCCUCACUAGUGCAGCCCUGCCCCGCUUCGGGGUCAAAACCGAGCAGGAGGACGCACUGGCUAGGGAGCUGAAUGAUUUAAACAAGUGGGGCCUUAAUAUCUUCCAUGUGGCUGAGUUUUCCAAUAACAGACCUCUAAGUUGCAUCAUGUUUGCUAUCUUCCAGGAAAGGGAUCUAUUGAAGACAUUUCGGAUCCCAGUGGACACAUUUAUCACCUAUGUGAUGACACUGGAAGACCACUACCAUGCCAACGUGGCCUAUCAUAACAGCCUGCAUGCCGCUGAUGUCACACAGUCUACACAUGUGCUGCUCUCCACACCAGCACUGGACGCUGUUUUCACUGAUCUUGAAAUCCUGGCUGCAUUGUUCGCUGCUGCCAUUCAUGAUGUAGACCACCCUGGAGUUUCCAACCAGUUCCUCAUUAACACCAACUCAGAACUGGCAUUAAUGUACAACGAUGAAUCUGUAUUGGAGAACCACCACCUGGCUGUAGGCUUCAAGCUUCUGCAUGAGGAGAACUGCGACAUCUUUCAGAACCUCACCAAACGACAACGGCAAAGUCUGCGCAAGCUGGUCAUUGACAUGGUUCUGGCAACAGACAUGUCAAAACAUAUGAGCUUGCUGGCAGAUCUUAAGACAAUGGUGGAGACGAAGAAAGUGACGAGUUCAGGAGUGCUGAUGCUGGACCAUUAUAAUGACCGAAUACAGGUCCUGAGGAACAUGGUGCACUGUGCUGACCUUAGUAACCCAACGAAGCCCCUGGCAGUGUACAGGCAGUGGACUGAGCGCAUUAUGGAGGAGUUCUUCCGGCAGGGCGAUAAAGAGCGAGAGCGUGGGAUGGAAAUCAGCCCCAUGUGUGACAAACACACUGCGUCCGUGGAAAAGAGUCAGGUCGGCUUUAUCGAUUAUAUUGUGCAUCCCCUGUGGGAGACCUGGGGGGACCUGGUCCACCCUGAUGCUCAGGAAAUUUUGGACACCCUUGAGGACAACCGGGACUGGUACCAAAGCACCAUUCCCCAGAGCCCGUCACCACCGCCGGACGGCCCAGAUAACGAGCUUGAAUCCUGCACGAACAAAUUCCAGUUUCAGCUCACCCUGGAGGGAGAAACAGGACCAGUCGGAGCUCCCAGUCAUAACCACAUAGGCACCCAUGGUCAGGAGGCAAAGAAAGAAGAUGAGGAGGCGGUGGAAGCUGAGGACGAGGCAGAAGAAAAAAUGGAGGACGGGGAGGAGGUGACAGAGGUAGUGCUCGAGAGGUCGGGACGGAGGCGACUGCAGGUUCAGUCAGUAGUCGAGGAGGAGGACGAGAGACAGUCUGAUGAGAGCCCUGUGGAGGAGACAGAGGAGGAGAAGUCGUCCUCUCCUACCGAUGACACAUAAUACGAGAGAUUCAAGGAACAGCUGUCUGGCCCAGAGGGCUAAGUAGGGGCCAUCCUUCAGAAACUCUUUACCUACGCUCGACCGUUCACAUAGGACUCUUCUGUUUCUGAUAGCUAGACCAUAAACAGAUUAAGUCUUGUGUACCAAUCCAAUAAGACGUUUGAUUUUAUUUUUCAAAAAGGGAACAAAAUAAUAUUGAUAUCAGAGAAGUAUUUAACACAGCAACUGUAGAUUACAAGUGUGAGCUGGAGUCCAUCCAGCAGCGAGGGUGAAGUUUGAUGGAGAAACAGAAUUAUGGUGGGGUUUGUAAAGGGCCAUUACGUCAGUGUAGCACUCUGGAAUUUUCACACAUACACAUACACACAUUCACAGACGUACGUGAAUUUCAGUCUAAAAUAACGAUACCGCAUAGUACAUGCAAACACACGGCUGUGUGUCUGUGUAUGUGUUCAGGGGGCCUGGAUCUGAAAGGAAUUUCUUUGGGAAAAAGCCAUCUCAAAAAGGAGCAUCAGUGUCAAUAAUCAGCUUUUAAAGCAUUCUAACAGGGACUUAAAUCCUCAGAAUUCACAUGUUGGGUGAAAUCGGAGAGACUUUUUUUCAAUUUCUGUCAUAGAGAGAACACAGUUGCAUCUGCCAGGAGAAAUGAGAUAACGUCUGCUGUCCAAAAAACUGUGGAGGGAUGAGGAUGUCGGAAAUGAUUUGUUAGUUGGUCCCACCCCCUCUUACCCUUUACCCAGGAGUGCUACCAGUGCAAGAUGGCUGUGUGCCUUUCUGAACCACCAGCUUCAACUCUGGAGCUGUUGUGAAGCAAUGCAUCAUGGGACAGGAGUGUCUGCUUUUGUCUUCAUUUUUGAUUGUCUCUUUCUCUUUUUAAGCAAUCUAUCUCCAUCGAUUAUGGUUUGUGCCGGCAUGGAGCGUUCGCGUUGUCUGUGUGAUAAUUCCUGCUCUCAUUCGUCUGUCUUCCUCGGUCGCUUUCGGGCCAACCGAGCGUUUAGGGCCUAGAUUAGUAUUUAUCACCGUCACUGCUCAUGGACUGCCCUCACUUUCCAUGUGAAUAAUUAAUGAUAGUCACUUUCUGAGGAUAAGCCAUGUGACGCUUUGAAACAUAUGUUUUGCCUUCUUUUUGUUUUGUUUUGUUAUAUCCAUUCCUGCCAAAUUUGUAAAAGCAACAGUCUCCUCAAUUGCAGCACACAUUCACACAGACUCUCUCACCUUCACCCACUCACGCUGGUAAUACAUUCUCUGUCUACACCACAACACACUACAUUAUGUUUUGCCAAAGGAAUGAGUGCUUAGCUGAUAAGUUGGAGAAGCAUUGAUCGGGGACUAGAACAAAGGGUGGUGAGAGAAGGAUGAGGUAUAUCUGAGAAAGAAAGACGUUGGUGGUUAGAAUGCUGGAAAAAGAUAGAGGGAGUCACAUGCAGCCAUAUUGAGUUUGAUGCUUUUAUGCCUUAAUGUCAACUGCAGGGUUUCUACCUGUCACAUUGUGGACUAAUAAGAUGUUGGCAUUAUAUCCCAGACUAUUUAUUUCAUGUCUAAAUGCCUUGGUAGAUGUCUGUGAAUAAAAUAGCUCCAUCUGGAGGUUUAGGGUAGUUUUUCUGCAUGGCAAAGGUACUACAGCAGACAGUACAGACAGAGAAAGAAGGUCAUACCAUUAAAAUAAACUGUUGCUCUAAUGUACUUCAUGUCCGGCAUCUUUUCAUGAUGUCUAUUUGACUUUUCACCAACUUUUAAAGGGAGAAAGAGAGAGAUAGAGAAAGUAAGAGAAUGAGAGAGUUCUCAGGUUGAUGUUAGAUUUGCAAUAUUGCCUCUCUCUCAUCUCAGAACUUUUUAGUAUGGUUUUAGUUCAGUUGAAUAAACCAGUUGUUGCUAUAUUGUGGGGCGGCGUUUGUAAGCAUCCCUCUUGAAAUAUGAUAACAAGCUAGUUUCUGCUGGUCAGUAGCUUAGCUUUACACAAGCCUGUGUCUGUCAGAGCAGUGACUCGAGGUCAUACCAGUACAUAUAUGAUAAAUGUACUUGUCUGUGACAGGAUUAGAGGAUGUCGUGGUAUAAAUUUUCAUUUGGCGGACCACAGGAGGAAAGGCUGAGGUUACACAAUUGGUUUGUGCAAACUAAUGACAUUCCCAUUACAUUUGCCUGUCUUACCUUAAAAUGCUUUGUUGUGUAGGUUUUCGUUAAUGUUGUGAGCACUACGCUAACAAAUAAUAUUUGCCAUUUUAACACGACACUGUAGCAAUUGUUUCUUAUUAAGAAAUUAUUAAAAUUAAUUCCUUGCUGCCAUUCUUUUUGGAUAUCAAAAGGAAAAACAAGUGUUUUCUUUGAACAGUUUGUGUACAGUUUUUAUUUUUGUAUCAUUCUGGUUUGAUGGUUUAAAAAUCAAAACUACUAUCUAAUAUAAAUAGUAGACGAAUCACUGCUUGUUUUGUAUAUACUGUAAUGUUGAAUUGUAAAUUUGAGAUCUCUCAGAAUCAGUCACAAUGAAUCACUUUUAGUUGUAAUGAACUGUAUUUGAAUUGUGGAAUUUCAUAAGCACCCUCCACCUUCCCCUUUCUUUCUCCUGUCAUCUCCCCUGCCAUUCAUUUGGGGGAUUUUAGUCAACCUCCCAUCACCUUUAAAUGUGAAUAUUUGAAUUGUAUUGGAAAACAGACUAAUCAUCAGUUAUUUCUAAAACUUGUCUUUACCAGCACUUUAUUUUUUGUGUCGGAAGGUGUUGUGAGAUGGCUGAAAUCAAGGGGAAUGGUAUAGAAGGUUGUAUAGCAUGGCACAGGGUGAGCACUUUAAAUGGCUCGGUCCAAAAGUCUUCUUUUUGGUCCUCAAUGCCAUUUCCUGCUAAAGCUCUGAGCAACAUCAGCUACUCUGUGUCAAUAAUCUGCACUGUAAAGGCUUUUAAUAGGGGUUUUAAAUACUUCUGUGAGGUUAAUGACCUAGAGACAGUCAGAAAGAUGACGUGGCUUAAUCAGAGAAUAGUUUUUCUUUGUACUUUGAAGUUAUGCCUCAUGAGACUCUCCAAUGAAAUUAUUCUCUGGGCUUUAAAUAAUAUGUUACUUGUUCACAAGUUAUGGUAAUAAUAUAAAUGAAAAAGAAAACACAGGAAAAUGAUUGUAAUAUUUGUACAUUAUAUUGCUGUAAUGUGUAUAAUGUGUCCAAGUUAUUUUAUAUUAUAUUAUUUUUAUGAAAGGUUUUCCUCUGAGAGAACUGAGUUGUCAUUUUGUGAAUAAAAUGCAUUUAAUAAGCAAACAGCUAUAUAUAAAAACACAAAUAUAUAAAUAUAUACCAGUAUAUUUUUUCUUUCACUGUUCAGUACUGUAAAGUGUGUUGAAAAUACAAAUAAAGGACGAUUUUUCUAAUAAAUACAAUAGCUAUA